AUGUCGGUUGAGAAUUUCCAAGAGCUGCCGGAGGGUUGUAUAGCCACCGCGCUGUCGCUGACCACCCCCAAGGACGCCUGCCGCCUGUCAAUGGUGUCUACGACAUUCAGGUCAGCUGCAGAAUCCGACGCCGUUUGGGAGCGGUUUUUACCGCCUGAUUAUGGUGAUAUCAUUUUACGCUUAAUUGACGAUGGUGAUUUGUUCCUCUCUAAAUUUCGAUCCAAGAAAGAGCUUUAUUUCCACCUCUGCGACAACCCGAUCGUUAUCGACGGUGGCAUCAAGAGCUUUUCAUUGGAGAAAGGGACAGGAAAGAAGUGCUUUAUGGUGGCUGCAAGGGACCUCUUCAUUGUGUGGGGUGAUACGCCUGAAUAUUGGCAAUGGAUCUCUCUUCCUGAGUCCAGAUUUCCCGAGGUGGCGGAGCUUCUUGAUGUGUGUUGGUUUGAAAUUCGUUGCAAUAUAAACACUAGUAUGCUGUCUUCAGGAACUACGUAUACAGCUUACCUUGUGUUCUCUUCAAAAUCAGGAAUAUACGGUUUUGAGUACCAACCUGCCGAGGCUACAGUUGGAAUUAGUGGGCAGGUUGGUGUAAAACGAACUGUGUGUUUAGAUCCAGAGGGACAACGAAAGCACAAGUACCAGAUUGUACCUAGGCAAAUAUUUCUCAAUCACAGAAUGGAUCGUAUAUAUAGACGGCAAGGCGAUUUGUCCUCGGAGCGCAUUACCGAAUACCCCCAGGCUAGAGCGGAUAAGUGGAUGGAAGUUGAGUUGGGAGAGUUUUUCGUAGACGGAGAACAAGAUUUGAAUAUGGAAAUAAGUUUGACAGAGACGAAGGGUGGGAACUGGAAGAGUGGUCUCAUUGUUCAAGGGAUUGAGAUCAGACCAAAAACUGAUUGA